AUUUCAAUUGUGAUUCCGACUUCCAGGAUGCUAAUCGUGUUUUUGCUAGGCUAUGCGUUAUGUUGUAUGUUUUAUAGCCAAACAUGAGAUUGAAUGAUUUAGUUGACUCUUCAUUAUAUGUUGACUAAACACAGCCUCUGGCCAUGCUAGCGACAGCCUGCUAAAGCAACAUGCUAGCAGCUACUAGCCCUGUGUUUAUUCAGGUCUGCAUCCUAUUUAUGUGUUUACUUUUGGGUAAACACUACGAUGAGUAGGCGCUUUUACUUCCGGGUAUUUACCACCACGUGUUGCGUUUGAGUCCAUUCCUCUUUCAUGUGAACAAAAUGAAGAAUGUCCAUGUACAUUAUUUAGAGUCCGCACGUGACGUUUUGGUGGAGAUUACGGAUGCCCUGGUGUGAUUCUGGCAGGACGGAAUGGACACUGAGACGGACUCACCGAGGAUCGGCUUCAUUGGUGCGGGGAAUAUGGCGUUUGGCAUCGCAAAGGGCAUCUUAUCAGGGAAUAUUCGACCUGAAAAUGUCAAAGUAAGUGCACCAUCUCUCAGGAACCUGGGACGCUUUCAGGAGCUAAACAUCACCACCACUCAUUCCAACACCGAGGUCGUGUGCGGAUCAGAUAUAAUCUUCCUGGCGGUCAAACCUCACGUCGUUCCACUCGUCGUCCAUGAAAUCUCGCCGCACGUCACUCACGGACACAUGAUUGUGUCUGUUGCGGCGGGAGUCACCGUGGCGACGUUGGAGGAAUUGCUGCCAUUGGGUUCAGUUGUCAUCCGGCUGAUGCCAAACCUUCCAUGCGUGGUUCUGGAAGGCGCCCUCUUAUUCGCCCGGGGGACUUGUGCGACACAAGACCACGCCGCCAUGUUGCGCUCCUUGUUGCAUCGCUGUGGUUUGGUAGAGGAAGGACCCGAGGCCUGGAUCGACAUCCAUACCGGACUGAGCGGGAGCGGCGUUGCCUUUGUAUACCUGUUUGCAGAGGCGCUGGCUGAAGGGGCUGUGAAAAUGGGCAUGCCCAGCUCUUUGGCCCACAGCAUUGCGUCUCAAACCGUCCUGGGCGCCGGUCGAUUAUUACGAGAGUCCGACAAGCAUCCAGCUCAGCUUCGUUCCGAGGUGUGCACCCCGGGCGGGACGACAAUCUACGGGCUUCACACUCUGGAGCAAGGAGGAUUGAGGGCAUCGACCAUGGGCGCCGUGGAGUCGGCCACCGAGAGAGCGCGGGAGCUUGGCCGGGUAUCCGCAGCAACCCGAAACGGGAAAUGACGACCUCUG